GCACGCAUAAGAUUUCUAGCUGUGCGCUUUAGCAUACUGAGCCGCAUAACGUUGAUCGGAGCGCAGCAGGAGAAGCAAAUGACCAUCGGGCAAUGUUGACCGGCUAACUUAUCCCUCGAGAAGGUGGAGACAUCUUUGUUUUUGUUUUGUUUUGGUUUACCCGGCGACCGCAACAAUCAUCUCACAGUAUUUUUAAAACCAGUCCUUUUGGGAUCGGAGCUCUCCUACGCGGUUUGGCUGCAGCAUGGCAGUGUCUCCAACUUCAAGAUAACCCCAGAUGCAGGAACACUGAGGUUUUCUGCUAUGAUGGCCCACCAACAACCAGAGGUCGAGGAUCUCCUCUGUUAGGGGAAUUUGAGCAGAGCAUCCUUCUACUCCACUGUGAACUUCUCGCUUGCAUAUGGACAACAGAUAUACCCUGGAAAUGUAUCAACCAUCAGACUGAAUUGACAAUAUCGAGGCUAUUUACAUCACCAGUGCUUUCCGGUUUCUUGCUCCUCCACCAUUCCCAGUAUCAUGCUUGGGACUCUCCUGAGACGCAACAUGUCCCAGAAGCUAAGUGUGCUGCUUUUAGUCUUUGCUCUGGUGUGGGGACUCAUGUUGCUGCGCUAUACCGUGCAGCAACCUCGCCACCAGAGCAGCGCUGAGCUACGCGAGCAGAUCCUGGAGCUCAGUCGGCGAUAUGUCAAGGUCCUGACCGAGGAGAGCCGGAAUACACCCGGCGGGCCGCAGGGGACCACCAUGGCGGGUUACGCGGAUCUAAAAAGGACGAUAGCGGUGCUUCUGGAUGAUAUCCUGGAGCGACUAGUCAAACUAGAGGGGAAAAUGGAGUUGGCUGUCAAUGCGUCCCUGACUAACACCUCCCACGGGAGCGUCCUCGCUUCCACUCCAACUGCCUUGCAAAGAGCCUCCAAGCAGGAGAGGGCUGGCAGUCAUCAUCAUGGGACGUUGCGCUUGAAGCCAAGGACCCCCAACAGGUCUCAGCAACAUCUAUGAGCUUUGGUUUGGUAACUGCGUUGACUGAUUGAUCUCUUAGCACAUCCCACUUUUCCUGAAUUUAUCCCAGGACAACCAGGCUUUGAAGUGACUGAUGCUUCUUAGAAGGCCAGCUCAAAAGGAAGGGAGACCUUUUGCCUUUUCACUUUGGUUUGCCAUUAUAUUUAUUUCAUUUGAUCAAGAUUGCAUUUUUAUAUUUCAAUUUUGCAUUUUUAUAUAAUGGCAUAUUUGAAUCAUAUUACUAUUACUGGCUAUAAAUUAUGUAUCAACCUUGGCGGAACCGAAGUACGAUGCUCUAGCACAUUUAGCCUCGCUACUCCGAUACGACUUAACGAUAUUACGUCAACCUGCUGAACGAAACGGAAUACUCACAAUACGAUUAGCGUAUCUGUCGUAUGAAAUAUCGCUAGAUACAAUAUUAUAUGAAGACCCGUCCGUCUCUUAGCUAACAUUUAGUCCUGUAUAGAUAAUCCAAAGAAUGUUCUGCCUCAUUAUGAGGCGACACAACAGAUGAGUCUCAUUUGCCACUAAACGUGCGUUUGCAUUGUAUCAGCUGAAAAACAAUGACCCCCCCCUCCUCCUCCUCGAUUUCUUUUACUUGCCUUGGGUGUUAUUUCACUCUCAAUGAGUGGAAUGAAUGUACUGCAAGGUCAGUGCCUUUGGUGCUGUGAAGACGACUGACAUCUGCGAAUACACGUUCAGGGUUCAUGUUGCACUGUGACUGUAGACAUUUUCUAAAAAUAAUGGGCUAAUCCACUUUUGGUAAUGCUGGUAUAUUGUAUGUGGGAGGUGAUUGUUACAUGCUGGAAUAGUCUCUCAGUCUCUCUGCUUGGUGAAAUCAUGCAGAAUAGAAUCCUAUCAAAUGCUCAUCAUAAUGGUACCAGACUUAAAGCAACAAAUAUGAACAAUAGCUGUGAUUUCUGCUGAAUUGUUACCGUUUAAACUGUAAUUUAAGUCCACUAGACUCAAUAAACUGGUUCAAAUACGA